AUGGGGUCCUUUUCUCGCUUCUUCCGCUUUCCGCGGCCAGAGACCUUUCUCUACGUGAUGAGCCUGGAGACAGGCGCGUCGUUGAUUACACUGUCGCUGCUACUUAAUAAGAUCAGUGGUCUAUAUGGCCUCCUCGCUCUGUUGACCGGCUAUCAUCUCUCCCCGGUUCAACUGUCCAUGUACCUCUACUCCCUCGUUGCUCUCGCCCUCGCCGCUCUGCUCUUCCCGCACAUUCGCAAACAGUCCCCAUUGGAGUGUCUCGCCCUCGCCUAUCUAUAUCUGUUGGACAGUCUGAUCAACGCGGCCUACACCGCCGCCUUUGGUGUGACCUGGUUCCUUGUCGUGUCGCAGAACUACGAUAGCGCCAACGCCCCCGGGGCUGAGACCAUCACCCAGACCGCUGGAUUCACCAGCCCCAAGUACGAUGCGGCCUACGUCGAGAUUCAGAACACACAAGAUGGCAACAAGUUCAUUGCGCACCCUCCUCGCAGUACUGGCAAUCUCAGCAAUGCGGUUGACCAGCCCGAAAGCUUCCAGAGCAUCGUCUUCAUCUCUUUGCUAUGGAUAGUGCGUGUCUAUUUCGUCCUGGUGAUGCUUGCUUUCGCCCGCCAAACUCUUCGCCUCUGGGUCGCCGUUCCCCGACACACCCAGCUUCCCACCCACAGUCGCAAUGUGUCGAUCGCAAGCGUGGCGGAUAUCGACCGUGAGCCCUUCACCCCAUACAGUCCAGACGGACAAGGCUGGAAGGGCAAGCUGGGCCGUAUUAUGGUUAGCAUUGGCCACAGUUACUGGCUUGGUGAUGAGGAAGAUGGGAACUGGCUGAGCGGCAUCAAUCAAAAGUUCCUUCACCGCAGCACCCCUAGCACAGAACUUCCUGGUCCCCUGGAGCGGGAGCGAAGACGCCGAUCGGGAACCGGCCCGCCUCAGCCCUCUCCCUCCAUUAUCAGAAAUGGCAACCUACAACAAAUUAAUGAGCACCCGCCUGGAGUCAAUGUCAAGAUGCAGGACUGGACCGAGCCUCGAUAA